AACCAACCACGAUUUCCUUUCUGUUUCGGAUAAGACACGCACAAACACAGACUAGCAUAGCAGAAACAAGCUAAAGGGUCUGUCUACCAAUGGCGUCUCCUCGAGUGCUCACCGACUGCUCCAACCCCUUCCGCGCUCCUCUCGAGCCCUCUCUACACAGCCACGGCUCCGCCAUUUUACGCCGACAUUUCCGAGCUUCCACCCCUGCCACCAGCCGCCGCCUUUCCCAGCGUCUGGUUGUCGCAGCGUCUCUCAGUCGCCGGCGUUUGAUUGCCGAGUCUGCUGCUGCAGUUUCUCUCUCGCCUUUGGUUGGCCUCUGCCCGGCUAGAGCUGCCGACGAGCCGCUGUCGGAGUGGGAGAGGGUUUACUUGCCUAUCGACCCCGGCGUCGUGCUUCUCGACAUCGCUUUCGUACCGGACGACCCCAAUCACGGCUUUCUAUUGGGGACUAGACAAACAAUUUUGGAAACUAAAGAUGGAGGAAACACUUGGGUUUCACGAUCUAUUUCCUCAGCUGAGGAGGAAGAUUUCAAUUAUCGGUUUAAUGCAAUAAGCUUCAAAGGGAAGGAGGGGUGGAUUGUUGGAAAACCAGCCAUCUUGUUGCACACUUCUGAUGCUGGGGAAACCUGGCAGCGAAUACCAUUAAGUUCUCAGCUACCUGGUGAUAUGGUAUAUAUACAAGCUACAGGUGAAAACAGUGCAGAAAUGGUAACUGAUGAAGGUGCUAUAUAUCUUACAUCAAAUAAGGGAUACAACUGGAGGGCUGCUGUGCAAGAAACUGUUUCUGCUACACUGAAUAGAACAGUUUCUAGUGGUAUUAGUGGAGCUAGCUACUAUACAGGAACAUUUAGUACUGUAAACCGUUCCCCUGAUGGACGUUAUGUUGCUGUGUCAAGCCGUGGUAACUUCUAUUUGACCUGGGAGCCAGGGCAGCCAUUCUGGCAGCCACAUAAUAGGGCUGUGGCUAGAAGAAUCCAAAACAUGGGCUGGAGAACUGAUGGUGGCCUUUGGCUACUAGUCCGUGGUGGAGGAUUAUAUCUUAGCAAAGGAACAGGGAUAACGGAGGAUUUUGAAGAAAUUCCUGUGCAGAGUCGUGGUUUUGGCAUUCUUGAUGUUGGUUAUCGCUCACAGGAUGAGGCUUGGGCAGCUGGUGGGAGUGGGGUUUUGUUGAAAACCACAAACAGUGGCAAGACAUGGAUUCGUGACAAAGCAGCUGAUAGUAUUGCAGCUAAUCUUUAUUCCGUCAAGUUUAUCAAUGACAAACAAGGUUUUGUACUGGGUAAUGACGGCGUCUUAUUAAAGUAUCUCGGAUAGAUGACUGAUUCCACAUGGUUAUUGAUUGAAACAAAUUAUUGACUUUCCAGGGUCAUUGCAGGUUUUGGAUGAGCAAUUUUUUUUGACGUUGAACAGUAGUUGUGAAUGGAGAGUACAUAAUAUCGACUUUGGAAGCAAAUAGUUGAACAACUAUCAACAUGGCAGUUGCUUUUGUACAAUCAAUCAUCCUUUAUAAUAUUUAUAUAUACAAUUACAUAAAA